AUGCGGUGCUACAAAAUGGGUCGCCGUAAGCAGAAAAGACGCCUCCCACGUCGGUUAUCGUCUUUCGUUUCCAUCCGCGGCAUAUUUAAAAAGGACGAGCUCCGGUAACCCAAAACGACAGGUACAGGACAGCAAAGGCAACAAACAAGGCAGAUUAACGCGAUAAUGGCUCGAAGUACGUCAAGCUUUGGCUCUACGCACAAAGGUCUUGGCCCACGACGAGCCACCACUGAAUACAGUCCUGUCAGGGAUAUUCAAGCAAGCGAGACUGUACAAUGGGGUGUGUAUUGGGGAUCCCCCGCGCUCAUGGCGUUUCUGCUCAUAGCCGGCGUCGCCUUUGCUUUGGGCCACCACUUCCACUACAAAUCCCUCAACAAUACUCUCGUCCCUUCGCAGGAAAGCCAGCAGUGGGCCAUCCGGAUAGGGACCGGCCUUGCUUUUCUCUCCAAAGCGAGCCUGGCCGCCUCCGUCGGCGUUGCUUAUACGCAACGCCUUUGGGUAUCGGUCAAGAAGCGCAGCAUGAGCCUUCAAAACCUGGACAAGGCAUUUUCCCUGACCACAGACCCCUUUUCGUUUUUGAGCGCUUUCUUGAUUGCCCGUACAAAGAUGCUGUAUCUUUUGGCGGCCGCAGUUUGGUGCAUCCCGCUGGUCGCAACCAUCACGCCUGCCACGUUAUCCAUACGACCAGGCAUCGUCUCCCGCACCGCCUCGGUCAACGUACCGCGGCCUGAUUUCGACAACUCUAAACCUUGGGCCAAUUUCGAAGGCGUUGGAAGACCGCAGAGCCCAUCGGCGGUCCUUAAUCGUCUGGUCGCCGCGACAGCCUCGUCCGUCAGCGUGUUGCCGUUUCCGGCACCGUUCCCUAACGCCUCGUACACGCUCGACUUCUUCGCGCCCGCCAUUAAAUGCGAGACCCUGGCCGAAUCCGUCGCCGCCAACGCCUCGCUACAGGGUUUAUGGGAUGAGCACAUCUCGUUCGCCAGCAAAUUUUACACGCUAUUGGUCUCCAACACCACGAAGCGGAAGCUCACCAACCAUCUGUUCAUCAACGUGGGCGGCCCCAGUGGUGCGAAUUACUCGUGCCACCUAUACAACGCCUCUUACACCGUCGACUUUGCUUUCCGCAACGGCGUACAGACGAGCUCGACCGUCCGCAACCUUGCGUAUCCCUCCCCAAACCUCCCGCUGCUCGAGAUCAAGCGCGGCCAGAUUUUCAGCGACUACAAGCCCGGCGAGGUCGCCUACGCUUACCUUUUCGACGCUCUGGUCGACCGGUUUCUGGUGGCCAACAUGUACCUCGGCGCCUCGGGCACGCUAAACGGCGGAUCCGACACAUCGUUUUUCCUGACCGGCAUCUCGUCCUGCCCGGACCUGGCCAACGGCACGUCGGCGGGCAAGGAGUUGGGCCUCCAAAAGUACGCAGCAGGCGCCUGGGCCUGCGGCGCGGGGUCGGUCCCCCGCGCGGUGGAGGAGCUGUCGCGGAACGUGUCGCUGAGCCUGAUGAGCAGCGAGUUUUUCAGCAGCAGCAGCAGCAGCAGCAGCAGCGGGGUGCGCGUGGACGAGACGGCAAACUACUACGCCUACGACGAGGCGGGCCUGCUGCGCGCGUACGGGGUCGCCGUGGCGGCCGCGUUGGCGUGCGUCUGCGUGGGCGCGCACGCGUACGUCGCCAAUGGGUACAGCGCCAGCUCGUCCUUCUCCAGCGUGCUGUUGACGACGCGCAACGCGGACCUGGACAGGCUGGCUGUGGGGCAGUGUCUGGGCUCCCAGAGGGCACCGGCCGAGCUGCGCCGGACGGUGCUGCGGUUCGGGGUCGUUAGGUUGCCUGGUGGUAGUGCUGCCGGCGGCGGCGAGCACGGGGUUGCGCACGCAACGUUUGGGCUGCGGGGGACGGUCGAGCCGUUGGUGAAAGGGCAGGCCUGUUUGUGAGUGCGUGCCUUCUGUCUCUCUCUCUCUCGCACGCUGGAUAGAACUCUAAUAAAAAAAAAGAGUUUGUCGACGUUGUCGUUGUCUUUCAUGUAGUUACCUGAUCUUGAGUCACGGUGGUAGCGAGGAGCUUUGCUGAGGUGACCUGGGACACACAUUCAUAGGUAGGUAGCCAAUCGUUUCCACGUUGAAGCACCGCACGUCGUGUUCCGGCGCAAAAACGCCAGGUGCCC